AAACAAUUAGAGCUAGAGAUAGCCCCUUGUUGGGGAUUUUAUAGGGAUGGUUUCUGCCAGGUAUGAGUUACACUCGAUUGCCUCUGAGGGUCCUGUCCAGAUCUUGAGAUUAUGGCACCUGGGUCCUGAUUGACUAGGAAUACAAGGAAGGCUUGCAGAGUGCUGGGACUUGGGUGGAACAUCACCCUCCGUCUGAAUCAGCUAUUUGAGCUGGCAGCUGAGAAGGCUGCCCAAAGAGGCGGUGUAUCCAGGAAAAAGGAAAUGAGUCUUGUGCUCUGCGCCCUGCUCGGACUACAGAGGGAAUGUAGUGUUCCAGGUUUGAUGAAGGAAGUUUGUAAGCUGUGGGAACCCAGAGGAAGCCCCCCAGGGUGCUGCUGGGAGCUGUCCGCCAGUACUGGGGGAGACUCUGGGAAAGGAGGGGUUUGUUUCAGGCAACAGCCAAAACUGAGAGUAAGAGGGGACAGUGGGAGUGCCUUUGGGGGGAUCCUCCUUCAACCCCAGAGAGAGGAAGGAGCAGAGUCCCCCAAGCAGUCUCCGAGCCAAGGCUGGGAGCCCCUAGGGAGCGCUUUGUAGGAAAGUCUGUGGCGGGGCCUUCAUCCAACUGAGACUCUGUGAUUCUAUGAAAUAACAAGCAACGACCUCAACAUCCGCCGAAAGGGGCUUUCCCUGGCGAGAGAGGAAGGGCUCGGGGCUCCCGAGCCCUCAGUGCGGGCAGAGGCCGCGGAGAGGGAGGCAGGAAGAUGACUGACCGGCAGCGACACCCGUGGAGGCCCGUGACUUUGCUCUGGCUCCUCGCUGCCCAGAUGCCCCCCGCCUCUCUGCAGCCGUGCGGCAAGUUCUCCUACAGCGUAGAGGGCAAGUGCUGCAGCUAUUGUAAACCUGGUUUUGAGAUGGCGAGCCGCUGCACCGGUAGCAGAGACACGGGCUGCAGACCCUGCCACGAGGGGCUCUUCAAUGAGGGCUUCAGCAACGAAUUCUGCCAGCCCUGCACUCAGUGCAACGUCGGGAGCGGGAGCCGGGUCCUGAAGAACUGCACAAGGUCCAGUGACACCGUGUGUCAGUGCACCCCAGGGACGCAGCCGGCUCAGUUCUUGAAGAGGGGAGUGGAGUGCGCCCCGUGUCCCCCGGGACACUUUUCUCUGGGAGAAAACACCAUGUGCAAACCGUGGACCAACUGCGAGGCCACAGGCAGACGGACCCAGCGGGCCGGGAGCAGCAGAGCCGACGCCCGCUGUGAGGAGGCGCGGACGUCAGGGCCGCACCCAUCCCCUGCCACGCCCGCGCGGACCCCGGCCGCCAGCCCCCCGCCCACCGUGCCCUCGCGGCUCACCACCCAGCGCCUGGGGGUGCUGAGCACCCUCCCGCCGCCGCAGCCUGACAAGCCCUGGUCCUCGUUCUCCAUCAUCUUCCUGGUGCUUUUUCUGCUCCUGGUCUUUGGCUUGAUUUUGUUGAUCCUGGGGAUCUACCUGUCCAGGAGGGACAAGAGGCAGCUGCCUGCAAUUUGGAAGCCCACAGGGCCAUACAGCUUCCGGAUGCCCAUCCAAGAGGAACACCAGUACAGCCUAGCCAAGGUCUGAGCCUCGGAGAGCACCCCUGGAGGCCAUCCCAGGCCCCGCCUCCCAGGACUGGCUGGACUCGCUGUGGGAAGGCUGCGGGCCUCGGGGGACUCUGCCUCUCACUUUCUCUCCUCCCCUCCCUCCAAGCUCCUCUUCCAGCAGCCCAGACUCCUAGACCCCGGGGCUUGUUGGGUUUCCUCUGCAUCUCUUUCUGAAGGGGGCCACCUUGGCGUCCAGCGUAGCGAGAAGCUCCUCUAGUUCUUGGGGUUUUUCAGGGGCUCAGCCCAUACGAAGCCCCCAGUCUGAGAGCUGGAGGGAACCUCCAGGACUGUUGUCCCAUCCACACCCAGAGAAGUCCCCCCCCGCGGUAACAUCCGAGCGAGGGGCAGACUGCUCCACAGCCCACGGCGGUUCCCCAGUGGAAGGAGUGUCCCUGGGCAGCUGGGGCUGGCGUCCCUGCGCUCUGGGAGGAAUCCCCUGAGCUUUCCUGCUUCCUCUUUUCCAAAAUGGGGAUGUUGGGUGAGAUGCUCUGGAAGGCCUCUCGGCUCUGCCUGAGGGGCCUUUGAGAGUCACUAACCAUUUUACAAACACACAAAGACCUGAGUUUCUCCCAUGGAAAGAUUCUCGGGGACAGAGGCCUAAGGAAGAGCAUCCUCCCUCCUCCCAUCUUUCCCCACCCUAGCUCAGCCCCAAAGCCCCAUCCUGCUUCUGGCUUCUCCAGUCCAGAUGCAGAUGGCUUCAGGGCCCCCACUGUCUCUGCUGACCUGGCUCAGAAUGGGGGCUUUUCUGGCCUCCCUCCCUCUUCCUCCUUCUCCUCUUCCUCUUUCUCCCCUCCUCCUCCUCCUCUUCUUCCUCCUUCUCUUUCUGUUACCUUGUUCCCCGAGGUCCCAGAUGCUGAUUCACAUUCACACUCACAGCCAUGUUCUUCUUUACAGCCCUCUCCUCUUCCCAUUCAAAAAAGAGAGAGAACCCCGUGGUCACUAUCCCACUCUCCAGACAUGGUAUCUCCUCUCUCCCCUCGGACCUACCCCUGUUUCAAGUCUCUGACACGCUGUCUCCCUUCCCUUCCCCCCGUGACUGGCCACUCUCUCCAGGCCUACCUCCCCCUUCCCUGUUUCUGGACAUACCCCCCACUCUCUAUGGUAGCUGAGUCCCGAGCUGCUCGGGGUGGGAUAGAGGGACCAAAUGGGGUCUGCCCUGAAUAUUCACCCCCAUGGGGUGUCCUUGACCUGUGGUUGGACCCUCGAGUGGACCUUGGGUCUCCUUCCAGCGAGCUGAGUUUACCCUCUGAGGCUGAGUGGUGAACGCUGAGAGCAGCUCCUGCCUAGCGGCCCUGCUGCUGAUGUCUGCAACUCUCUAUGUGGUUUAUUAUAUAAACUCUUGGGCCCGUGAGCAGGCCUGGAACCUGGGCCUGGAGGCUCUUUGCCCAGUGUGCGGAGUGGGGAGGGAAAAAGGAGGGGGGAGAGAGAGAGAGAGAGAGAGA